AUGAGUUUUAUCUUUGCAAAAAAGGAGAGCAUUGGGAAACAAUAUUUCAAAUUAGUUAAAAACCAAUUAAAAGUCUGUGAUGGUUCAAAAUAUCUUCUUAUUAACAAAUGUAAUUUUAAAUUUUCUAAUGAAAAUGAAAGUACUGUAGAACUAAAUGUCAAUGAACAAUGUAAUGAUACUUUAAUUCUUGCAAAUACUGGUAAAAAAGAAAUAACUAUUUCUUUUGAAAAAGGAAAAAAUUCAAACAAGUAUCAACUCGAACCAAUACCUGCAAUUUAUAAACUUAAACCAAAUGAAGCUCAUGAUUUUACAUUGAGAAUGACACCAUUAUGUAGUUCUAAAAUCAAUGAAACACUUUAUGUUGUAGCAGAAAGUAAAAAAGAAGGUAUUGAAAAACAAAAAAUCCAGAUAGAGUUUUCGACAAAAAUAAGUGAUUAUAUUGAUAAUUGUGAUAUUGAUGAGAGAGAAUUUUUAGGACUUAAUGAAUAUAAAGACAUGAUUUGGAGAGGGUAUUGUCGUGGUAAACCAGUUAUAAUUGACUAUCGUACUAAUGAAGAUCAUCAAUUAUUUGAAAGAGAAGUAAAGGUUCUUGAGUCUAUGAAGUGCCCAACAAUUUGUUAUUUUUAUGGGGCAUGUCAUUUACCUCAUCAUGAAUGCUUAAUUUUUGAUUAUUAUGAACUUGGUCCAUUAAAUAAAAUUAUAUCAGAAAGAGAAAUGCCAUCUGAAAAAAUUAGAGCAAAAAUAUGUUUUGAUAUUGCCAAAGCAUUAUUUUAUAUGCAUGAAAAUGGAGGAAUUCAUAGAGAUGUAAGAUUAGAAAAUAUUUAUGGUAUUUCUUUAGAGUCAUCAAUGGAAGUUAAUGUUAAACUCGCUGGUUUUUCAAAGGCAAGAACAUUUAGUAUCCAAUGGAAAGAUAAAGAAGAAUUUUCUGAAGAAACAGGAACUUCAAUUUAUAUGUCACCAGAACUUCUUCAACAUGAAAAAUAUGAUACAAAAGUCGAUGUUUUUGCAUUUGGAGUAACAAUGAUUCAAGUAAUCAACUGGAAAAUUUAUAAAUCAAAAGAAUUAUUAAUGACUGCUUAUGAACAAGAAAAAGAAUUUGGUAAUGAUUUCCUUUCAAGUGAAUUAAAAGACAUAAUUGAAAGAUGUUUAGAAAAAGAGCUAAAUAAACGAGCUACAAUGGGUGAUGUUGUACAAUUAUUUAGAGAAUAUUUUUCAUAA